ACUUCUAUUCUUUCAUCAAGAAGUGGAGAGAUGAUUAAUUCUCUCAUAUCCAUGGUUUUGUACCAUGUAUUUCUGCUUACAUCGCAGGUUCUACUGCUAGGGACGAGUUGUGAUGCGAAGAACGAUCACUUAUGCGUUGCUUCAUCUUGCGGCGAGGUCCGUAACAUAAGCUUUCCCUUUCGAUUGAAGGACGAUCCAAAAAGCUGCGGCAAUUCUAAGUAUGAGCUAGCUUGUGAAAAUAAUCGCACUGUCAUAUAUCUAUAUGCCGGCCGAUAUUAUGUAAAGUCGAUUAGUUAUAAUCUCGAUCAUGAUGGUUACGUCUUUGGUGCCAUCAAGGUGGUUGAUGAUGGACUGCAAAAGGGUAAUUGCUCGUCCCUCCCUCAUUACUCAAUAGCGAACUCCAACUUUAGUCUGUCCUCCAAUCAAUACCAUCUUCCUUAUGCAUCCUUACCGAUGAUCUUCAUGAAGUGCUCACAACCCGUUACUUCAGCUUUGUAUAUCAAUACCAAACCAUGUAUUGAUGGAGCAUACUCUGCCGACACGCCCCCUAGUAUUUCCCAAAUGAAGGAGUACUCGUAUGCUGUACAGAGUGGCUCUGAUCUAAAGGUAGGUGAUAUCAAGGAUUCUUGCACCAUAACCAUGAUAGCGUUGGCAUCGGAUAUCUCAGGAUGGAAAGGAGAUCAAUAUAAUGGGAGCUCACGAUACAAGGACGUCCACAACAUGAUGUCCCAGGGAUUCGAUCUCACCUACUAUACAGAUCCAUCUUCAUUCUUGGAUUAUUCGUUUUGCCUCGUGGGUUUCAGCUUUGGAGGGAUGUUCUGCCAACUCCUCAAACCUGUACGGGUCACCACCGUAACUGUUGCUGUACAAACAAUUGUAAAUAUCCCCUUUGUCUUUGUUCAGUUCAUCGCGGCAAAAUUUGUACUCGGAGCUCCAUGUGUGUUGAUAUUUCUAAUCUACAAGUGGAAGAGAAGACACCGUGCAAUGGAUGCAAACAUCGAAGAAUUUCUUCAAGCUCAUAAGAACUUUUGGCCUAUAAGGUACUCUUACUCAGACAUCAAGAAAAUCACAAAAAAUUUCAAACACAAACUAGGGGAAGGAGGAUAUGGUUCCGUGUACAGAGGAACACUUAGAAGUGGCAAUGAAAUUGCAAUUAAGAUUUUGAACAAACCAAAAUCUAAUGGUCAAGACUUUAUAAGCGAAGUGGCUACUAUUGGAAGGAUCCACCACGUCAAUGUUGUGCAACUUGUUGGCUAUUGUUUCGAUGACUCCAAACAAGCUCUCAUGUACGAUUUCAUGCCGAACGGAUCUUUGGAUAAGCACGUUUUUUCUAGAGAUGACAAUAGAUUUCUUGAUCAUAAGAAAUUAUACGAGAUCUCUCUUGGUGUGGCUAAAGGAAUAGAGUAUUUACAUCGGGGAUGUGACAUGCAAAUUCUACAUUUUGACAUCAAGCCUCAUAAUAUUCUUUUAGACCAAAAUUUCACUCCGAAAAUUUCUGACUUCGGGCUUGCAAGACUUUAUCCUGCGAACCACAGCAUAGUAUCGUUGACUGCUGCAAGAGGAACCUUGGGAUAUAUGGCUCCCGAGCUAUUCUACAAGGACAUCGGUGGCGUCUCUCAUAAAGCUGAUGUUUAUAGUUUUGGGAUGUUGCUGAUGGAAAUGGCCGGUAGGAGGAGAAAUGUAAAUGCAAAUAUUGAGCGUUCAAGCCAAAUUUAUUUCCCUUUGUGGAUUUAUGAUCAACUCAGCAAAGAAAAGGAGGUUGAAAUGGAAGAAGUAGAAGAGGAAAGAGAGAUAACUAGAAAGAUGGUAAUAGUUGCUCUUUGGUGUAUACAAUUAAUGCCCAAUGAUCGGCCAUCAAUAAGCAUGGUCCUAGACAUGCUUGAAGGAGAUAUUGAUAGACUGCGACUGCCCCCGAAACCGCUUUUGUAUCCGUCCGAGAAGCCAAUUGACGAUGUCGACAUUGAAAUAGAACUUGAAUCAUUCUCAACCUCAUCAAGUGCCCCACCAACUUCUUACGGGUACCAAUUUCGGAAUAACAAUGAAAUUACGGAAUCAUGCAUUGUUUAAUUUUCUUUUCUCCAUGUGGGAAUGAAAUGCAAAAUGGACAUAGUUGCAUCAGAAGCAUAAUUGACAUGUAAUUGGUGAACCUAGAUGAUUUCAGCGUUUGUUAAUUCCUGUGUUUUGUAGAAGAAUUGCCUCAUGGCUAUCUAUUUACACUUCUUGUUUCCUGAAUGCUCUUGAUAUGAUUGACCAAGCCCGUCUUGUAUGAA